CACUAGGCUAGGAAGUUGGCAGAUGAAUGAAAGGUACCUGAGGAGGUUGGAGGUAACAGGGUAGAUUAACACGAGUGAAGCGAGGUAAACAGGAGAUAACACAAGUACAGGCAAGGUUCUGGCGAGAAUACUACCCAAUACUGAGUAAUCAUCCGGCGCUGAUGUGUUGUCCCGACACUCCUUAAAUCCCCUGACCACUGAUGAGAAGAUCAACAGCAGCUGCUCUCCGGACACACCCACCUGCAUACAGAGAAACUCAACACAAAACAGGUGUUAGCUCAGCACAGACCAUGACACCAAUGGGCUGACAGAAUGCAUGAACCAGGAGUUGGAGAAAUUGACCUCAGACAAUCCCUUUGACUGGAGUCAAUUCCUCCCCUGGGUUGAGUACGCUCACAAUUCCCAUGUUUUGGCGGCUACUGGUCUCUCGCCUUUUGAGUUUCCCUAGGCUACCAACCACCGUUCUUCCUUCCGAUGAAAAGGACAUUUUGGCCACAUCCAUUCAUCAUCACAUCGGCCACUGUCACCGCGUUUGGGACAACUCCACAUCCGCCUUCAACUGCACUCUGAAACAGGACCCUGCUCCCCAAUACGUGCCGGGCCAACAGGUCUGGCUUUACACUCUCAUUAUUCCGCUCAAGUUCAUGUCCUGUAAAAUGUCUCCCAGGUUCGUCGUCCUUAUGAGGUCUAGGAAGUUAUCAGUCCUGCUUCUUUCCGUCUCCACCUUCUUCCCUGUCUCUGGAUCCAUGUCAUCUCUUGUCCUCUGGCCAUUCCCCUUCUUCCCGCCCUGCCCGUUGAUGGGCUCCCCGCCUGGUUGGUACGCUGGAUUGUGGACUCUUGUUGGCAUAGCUGGGGUCGCCAGUUUCUUGUCAACUGGGUUACGGUUCGGAGGCUCGUCAGUGGGUGCCUCGCUCCUUCAUCUUGGAGCCAUCUCUCCUAACCCUAACCCUCUCUUCCUUCUACUUCCGCUGGGCCACCUGAGGGGUGGUGGUUGUUGGUGGGGGUGUCAUGAGUUGGUGUUUGUGUGUAUGUGUGGGUUUCUGCUUUCACCCUCAGGCAUCCACUGGAGGGCACUAGGGAGAUGCUCAUCACAGCUCCCUCUGGGAGCUGCUUUGGCAGAUGUGAUAUCCACACACCUGCACACCAUUUAGCCAUCAGUAAUCAGGAGGAUAAAAGGGAGAGGAGGCCAGGCAUCCAGUGCCAGAGCAUUAGCCUCAGUGGUAACCUCCAACCAUUGCCUUUGAAACUUAGCCCUUGUGUAUUUCAAAUUUUAGUUGGCAACCUUGAUAUUAAUAUUGUCUAUUGUCUUUCUGGCUCUUCUAGGUUAAUUGGCUGCCUGUGGUGAUUCCUGGAAUCGUCUAACUCCACAGUCCAGCUUCACCCUUGGAUUCCUCUGUCAUAACCAUCCAUAUCCACCUUCCUAAUCUUCAUUACUGGCUCUCCCCAUCUCCUGGAAUCCUCCUGAGCUCCUGUUUAUCUCCAUCAUUACCAUCAUCAUCCUCAACUGCUGUGCGUCUCCUGUCUACAGUUAUCCAUCUGUGGACCACACCCACUCUACCACCACUCCAGCUCCACUUCCUCUCUUGAGUCCAAAUUACUCCUCACCUCUUUUUCGGGUUGCCAUACCUGACAUGCGUCUUCCAGUCGUCUUCACCGAUUAGCUCCAGUUCCCUACCUUCCAUAACACCUAAUUCCUCUAAAACUUUUAUAUACCUAUUCUGAUUUCCUGUGAGUGUGUUCUCUGCAUGUGGGUCACGCAUCUGUCAAUAAACACAACAAUUUCUGUGUUUUUAGCUUUCUUUAGGUUUUGCUCAGUGUU